AAGGCGUCGACGAAUUCGUGAGGAAGAGAUCCUAAGCCUCUGAAUUGACAAGCUUAAAGACAGGAAAGCAAAUGGCUGGUCCUAGGAUUGCUCAUGCUACUUUGAAAGGACCAAGCGUUGUGAAGGAGUUAUGUAUUGGAAUAGUACUCGGUUUAGCUGCUGGCAGUGUCUGGAAGAUGCAUCAAUGGAAUGAACAGAAAAAAGUCAGAGCCUUUUAUAAUUUACUGGAAAAAGAUGAAAUUAGUGUUAUCGCGUAUGAAGAGUAAAAACGGUCUUGCUCUCCAUUUUUAGUCAUUUUUUUCCCUCUGUUCAAUUUGUCUCUGAAAAUGUAGAUGAGUUGAGGAAUAAGAUUCUUGCACUGAAUU